AUGUCGUGGUUCAAUCACGUCAGUCCAGGCUUAAAUCAGCAGCAGCCGCAACAGCAGCCGCCGCAGUCCUUUGGCAGCGACAGACUCACAGCCACAGACAUGCUCUGUAGCUCUCUCCACUCCAGGCUCAGAGGUCCAACAGAGGGACCCCCGACCAUGGCAACACAACACUGGACCGGCUGCUCCUCUCCCAGGCUGGAGGACUUUCCAUCUGUUCCCCGGGGCUUAGUCAGCCCCCCCAGCCUUGGGAACCUGUCCUGCGCUUCCCCGGGCGCAGGUAGGGUUAGAGAGCCGGAGCCCAUCUCCUACGUGAGCCUCCAGGAGCAGCGGUGCGUCCUGAGCUGGUUCCAGGGCUGGAACGACUCUCAGAGGGAGCGGUUCCUCCAGGACCUUCUGGGGAAAGCUGUACCUGGGAAAGUGUGCACCCUCCUAGAUUCACUCAGCACUCUCCAGGUUAAGGACAGACUACCAAACAUCUAUGAAUGCCAGCUGCGCCUGUGGACACAGUGGUUUGAGUCUUGGGGAGAGGAGGAGAGGAAUCAUUUCCUGCACAUACUGGAGGAGCAGGACCCAGUUUUUGUUGGCCACUUUUACAAGAGCGUAGCCGGUACAUCAGGAAGAGACUGACUAGUGUUUGCAUUGUGAUGGAAAAGCAAGGGAUUAUAACAGAAUGUGUUAAAGAGGUGACAUGUGUUUGUAAAUGUGUAUUGAAA